AUGCUGGAUGAUUGCGAUGCCUACGACGAGCGCUUCUUGCGACGCCACGCUGCGCGGGCCUUCCAGCUAGGCGGCAUGUGGCAGAUCGACGAGGUGUCUUCAGGCAGGCACAUGCAGCUCUCUUUCGUCGAGUUCAUCAUGGCCAUCGGUGCCGUGAUCUUCCUGCGCGAGUUUUACCGACCGGAGGAGUUUGCGGACCUGCUGGAGGAGUUUCUUUUGGACCAGCUGCAGCCUGUUGUUCUGGAGCAGAGGCCGGAGCGAAACCGGCGGAACAUGGAGCUGCAGCUGACACACAAAACUAUCCGCAAGGUCUGCAAGGAAGUCUUCGAAGAAGCAGACGAGGACAACAGCAAUGCCCUCACGGUCCGGGAGUUCUCCCGAGCACUGCGCGACGGCCGGACGCGGGAGCUGCUGAUGGGCAAAGACUUCAAGAUUGACGAGAUCCUGAAG